CAUUUACGGACUCUAUUAUACAUUGAGUUAUUUAUCUAAGAUCAAUCCGUAAUGACAAUUUCGUGAUAUUGUAACGGGUAACUUUGUGAAACCAUAAAACGUCAAACUUAUUAUUUUUUACUGCUUAGUGAUUACACUUAUUCCAAUUUUGAAUUUUGGUCGAAAUGGCCAAUAAUUAUGGAAUAUCAGAUGCUGAAUUCAACCUUAUUAAACAGCAAGCAUCACGGCGUGCUGAGUUGCGUAAAGAAUUUAUAAAGCAACGCACCAAUCCAUGGAAACAUGCCGCAGAAUCAGGCUAUGUUUUUGAUCCAGCUGUUCAGAAAUUUAUGUCCAUGAAGGUCACUCAAUUUGAUAAUUUUACACCAAACCCACGGACCAGUUUAUUUGGAAUUUGUGCUGUAAUUAUUCCUAUGGUAGCUUACGGAUACAUCGUCUGGAAUGAUCGCAAUAAGACAGAACAGAAAAUAAGGUCUGGUGAACUUCGGUACAGAGAUAGAAUGUUCAAAUUUGCAUAAUUUUGUAUAUAAACACAUGCAUGCUCUGUAGUAUAUAUUGUGAAUAGCAAAAUAAAUUAAUAAUAACAAAUAAA